AUCAUAGAAAUCGUCUUGCUAGAGAAUCUUAUGCAUGCCGAAGAUCAUUACUUACAGCUGAACAACUUGAAUAUCAACGUGCCCGACAACGUGAAGCCUAUAGGCUUUGUACUGAAGCUGAGUCAAGUGAACAGAUUGAAU